AUGGAAGAUGUCGCGGAAUCUCUUAGCGCAGUGGCCUUAUCACUGAUUGACAAACUAAACCAAUCGAAAGCUGCAACGUCUUCUUCUAAACAAAAGAAGUGGACCAGAAAGAGGGGUGUGAGGAAAGUUGAGGAAGUACAAAGAUUAGCUAAAGAAGUUGAAGGAGGGAAACGACAACUUGUUAAGGUUCAAAUUAGUGAAGGGUCUUUGAUGGAGAUAGGGGGUGGUGAAAAGAAGCGCAAACAAUACAAAGGAAUAUACGAUUUCCCGGAGGAGCAGAACAAGAGGAAAACAUGGGAGCUUCUGAUGGAUUUGAAUACUUAUGAUGGAGAGGGACUUAUUUGUUUUGGAGAUUUCAAUGACAUCUCUAACAACUUGGAAAAUCAAGGAGGAAAUGUCAGAACGCAGGCUCAAUUUCAUUGGAGCAGGCUGGCGAUGGAGGUUUGCAAUUUGACUGAGAUCGAUUUUGCGAGUUAUCGAUAUACCUGGUCGAAUGGUAGAGAAGACAAGGAGAAUAUACAAUGUAGAUUAGACCGAGGGCUCAUAAAUCCAAUUUUCUUGGAGAAGUUCCCAGGCUCUAAGGUGUCUCAUCUCCCACGUUUUCGAUCGGAUCAUGCAGCUAUACAGAUUGAUAUUUUGGAGAAGGUGCCAAGCGAAAUCCCUAGGAGAAAAUAUCUGUUCAUAUUCGAAGAAGCUUGGUCGAAAGACCCGCAUUGCGAAGAGUUAGUCAAGAGAUGCUGGAGGGAACCGAUGAGUAAUGUUAGGCCAAAGCUGAAUGCUCUCCAAGGCUUGCAAGUGAGGUUCAAAGAGUAUCGGACUGGAGCAAUAUCUAAAGAGACUAAGAGGGUGGAAGGCCUUAUGCAAAAAGAUGUCUGCUGGAUGCCGAAUUCUCAAAGCAUUGCUAAGCACAGAGCUUUGGAACGACAACGGAAUAAACUUCUCCGAAUAGAAGAAACCAUGCAGAGACAACGUAGUAUGGCUGUCUGGCUCAGGGACGGAGAUCGUAAUACAAAAUUCUUUCACGGAAAGGCAGAUCAGAGGAGGAAGACAAAUGCUAUUAAGAAACUCAAAGAUAAAGAUGGAAAUUGGAGGCGGGGAAAGUUAUCAGAGGAUCACAAGGUGUGGUGUGGAUUGGCUUAUACGGGAGAGGAAGUCAAGGAGGCGAUAUGGCAGAUGCAUCCUUCCAAAUCUCCAGGCCCUGAUGGAUUCCUGGCAUUUUUCUUCCAAAAGUAUUGGAGCAUAGUUGGCAUUGAGGUUAUGCACCUUGUGCUAGAGGUGUUGAACGGUAAUCUGAAAAAGAAAGUGACUGGAAAUAGAGGUAUGAUGGCGGUUAAGCUGGAUAUGUCGAAGGCGUGUGAUAGAAUUGAAUGGGAAUUUGUGACUGGUGCCCUUGAAGCUAUGGGAUUCCCGAUCCAAAUGAUUCAUCUCAUUAAGAGGUAUGACAGCUUGAUUUUUGCUAGAGCAAACCAAAAGGAAGUUGAAGGUAUUCUGUCAGUGCUAUCCCGUUAUCAGAAGGCCUCAGGACAAAUGGUGAAUCUUGAUAAAUCACAGGUCUCUUUCAGCAAGAACAUGGGGUCCGAAGCUUGUGAAAUGGUGCGACAAGGGCUUGGUAUGGUAUAUGUUGUUAAUCACGGUACUUAUUUGGGAUUGCCGGUGAUUCUAGGAAGGCAAGGAGGUCCUUCUAAACUUGUGGCCCAAGCGAUUCCCAAUUAUAUAAUGAGUUGCUACAAACUAUCGGAAGGAAUUUGUAAGGAGAUCGAAGCAUUGCUUGCCAAAUUCUGGUGGGGUGCCAAGGAUGGAGUGAGGAAAAUGCAUUGGAUGAGUUGGGAGAGAUUCUCUUUUGCAAAGUGUAAUGGCGGAAUGGGGUUUCGGGGGAUCGAAGAGUUCAAUAAGAGCCUGCUCGGAAAGCAAUAUUGGAGAUUGUUAAAUGAUGAAACCUCGCUGUUAGCUAGAGUCUUCGAAGGUAGAUACUAUCCUAGGGGAACUGUGUCAGAGGAAAAAGUGGGAUUUUCUCCAAGUUACGCAUGGAGAAACCUUUUGAGCGCGAAGGAGAUGGUGGAAAGUGGAACUAGGUGGAGAAUUAGAGAUGGUUUUAAGGUUAAAAUCUGGUACGACAACUGGAUCCCGACCAAUCCAGGUUUUAAAGCCCCGAGUCCAAGACGCGGUAUUGAGGAAAAUUCUAUGGUUAAUGAACUCAUUGAUUCUGAUUUGGGGCGGUGGAAAACAGAUAUUCUCAGUGAAGUCUUCAAUCAGAAUGAGGCUGUUCAAAUUGCUAGCAUUCCCCUUUCGAGCAGACUCCGGGAGGAUAAGCGAAUAUAG